AUGAAUUUAAUCGACUCUUCGCUACUGAAUAUAUUCAAAAUUUUAUGUCAAUUUUUUGGUGCCAUAACUGUAUUGAUACAAAUCUCGUGGCUUUUGGCUAAUAUAUUGCGAAACUAUUCACACCGGGAGUACAUAUCGGCCAAAAAUCGUGCCGUUCUUAUCACUGGAUGUGAUUCGGGUUUCGGACAUCACUUGUGCUAUCGCUUGGAUUCCUAUGGGUUUCACGUGUUUGCGGGCGUUUUGGCCACCGAUAGCCAGAGUGCGGCCAAACUUCGCACAAAAUGUUCACAUCGUUUGAAAGUCAUUAAACUGGACGUCACUCUCGAAGAGGACGUGAGGCGUGCGGUCGCGGCGAUAGAGGUGUCGGGUGUGGACUUGUGGGCAGUGGUCAACAACGCCGGCGUCGCUCAGUUCGCGUUCCUAGAGAUGGGGGCCGGGAUUGAUAUUUUUACCAAGACUUUUGCCGUCAAUGUGUUUGGUUUGGUUCGCGUCACUAAACACUGUCUGCCACUCUUGCGACGCUCGGGCGGACGGGUAGUCAAUAUGGCCAGUGUUGCCGGUCGUUUCACGUUUUGGGGAAUAACCGCGUAUUGUAUGUCAAAACACGCGGUCAGAGCCUUCUCUGACGGACUGCGCAAAGAGUUGACCGGUUUUGGCGUAAAAGUGGUGACAAUUGAGCCAAAUAUGUACAAAACAGAGAUGGUUAACAUAGAUGUACUCAAUAAGGCUAUUAAAAACCAAUGGCUCCAAACGGAUGGCCAAAUACGGCAAGAGUACGGCGGCGACCAGUUUUACCAUCAAUUCAAACGCCGAGUGCGAUAUAAUCUCCAGAUAUGCAGACCUGAUAUCCACGAAGUGUUGGACAUCCAGCAGAAGGCGGUCACUCUUCGGGAACCCGACCUCUACUAUAGAUGCGCUGCCACUCUGGAUAAGCCGGCGCUUUGGUUGUUAAGCGUUUUGCCCGAAUCGGCUCAAGACUAUCUCCUCACCGGACGGGUGUGGAAAUCAAUGCUUGAUUUGCGUCAAUGCAAACAAUAG